CUCAGCGCGCCCGCGCGGCCCCUUGUGUCCUCAGCGCGCCUGCUCGGCCGCAGAGCUUCCGCUGGUCCUUUCGCGGCUGCUGCUCCUGCACUGACGGCUGGCGCCCGCGCUUCAGAGUUCCUGAUUUGUUCUUGAGACAGCUCUACUCUCAUCUGUACCCAUGGAUGAACUUCAGGAUGUUCAACUCACAGAGAUCAAACCACUUCUAAAUGAUAAGAAUGGUACACGAAACUUCCAGGACUUUGACUGUCAGGAACAUGACAUAGAAACAAAUCAUGGUAUGGUCCAUGUCACUAUAAGAGGCUUACCGAAGGGAAACAGACCAGUUAUCCUAACUUAUCAUGACAUUGGACUCAAUCAUAAAUCCUGUUUUAACACAUUCUUCAACUUUGAGGAUAUGCAGGAGAUCACUCAGCACUUUGCUGUCUGUCAUGUGGAUGCCCCAGGCCAGCAGGAAGGCGCACCUUCUUUCCCAACCGGGUACCAGUACCCUACAAUGGAUGAGCUGGCUGAAAUGCUGCCUCCUGUUCUUACCCACUUAAGUCUGAAAAGCAUCAUUGGGAUUGGAGUUGGAGCUGGAGCUUAUAUCCUCAGCAGAUUUGCACUCAAUCAUCCAGAGCUUGUGGAAGGCCUUUUACUCAUUAACAUUGACCCAUGUGCUAAAGGCUGGAUUGACUGGGCAGCUUCCAAACUCUCCGGCUUUACAACCAAUGUUGUGGACAUUAUUUUGGCUCAUCAUUUUGGGCAGGAAGAACUGCAGGCCAACCUGGACUUGAUUCAAACCUACAGACUGCAUAUUGCUCAAGAUAUCAACCAAGAAAACCUACAGCUCUUCCUGGGUUCCUAUAAUGGACGCAGAGACCUGGAAAUUGAAAGACCCAUACUAGGCCAAAAUGAUAACAGAUUAAAAACAUUAAAGUGCUCUACUUUACUUGUGGUAGGAGACAACUCACCUGCUGUUGAAGCUGUGGUUGAAUGUAAUUCUCGCCUCAGUCCUAUAAAUACAACUUUGCUAAAGAUGGCAGACUGUGGGGGACUACCCCAAGUAGUUCAGCCUGGGAAGCUCACCGAGGCCUUCAAGUACUUUUUGCAGGGAAUGGGCUACAUCCCGUAUGUGCAGCUCAGUCACCUCAGCACCGAGUCAGUACCAUCUGCUGGCAUGACCCGGCUCGCCCGAUCACGAACCCACUCAACCUCAAGUAGCAUCGGCUCUGGAGAAAGUCCCUUCAGCCGGUCUGUCACCAGCAAUCAUUCAGAUGGAACUCAAGAAUCCUGUGAGUCCCCUGAUGCCCUGGACAGACAUCAGACCGUGGAGUUGUCCUGCUAAGCAGAUGCUCCUCCCCGGACCAUGCAAAUCCAUCCUUCUUUAGACCACCACUCCAUACCACAUUUCAUCUGUAAACUGGCCUCCACUAUCUUUAACUCAUGCAUGGCCACUAAACCUUUCUCUAGUAGCCUGGAUUUAUCAUUCUCUGCCCACUCACCCCUUUUUUGUGUGUACCAAGAACCACAUCCGUGCCAUUACUGUAACAUUCCAACAUCUUUAACUGAUCUGAUUUCCAUAUCUUCUCUUGCCAGCUUUUUUCUGUGCUCCCUCAACUAUGUAUCUGAUCCGAUUCUUUGAUCCCCGACUCUGUGUGUGCAAGCACAUGUAUCCAUGUUUGUGUGUGCAUAGUUCUGUGAUUUUAGACAUGCUUUCUUGUAGUGCUUCUGCAAAAAAAAAAAAAAGGGACUUUUUUUUUUUUUGCAUUCUCAAUGGUGUUUUUUAAGGGAAAGCUACAAAACAGAUACCUAGAUGAGCUAGGCCACUAGAUUCUCUUUUUGUUCCAAAUUGGUCAACAAGAUUUGCAGAAUGAUUUCUAGAGAGAGCAACUCUGAGCAAUGUGGAAAACUGUAAUUACUGUUUGGACUAUUGAUUGAUUCUGACCAGUAGCAAAAGGGUUGUCUUUUACAUAGAGAGGUAGGCAAGGAGGCCAGCUACCUCCUUCUUUCCAAAUGGCUUCACAUAGCCUAUUCUACGAAUAAAAGGGAAGAAAUACAUCCUGCUGGAAGCUUGUGAACGAUGAGGUUCUGACACAACAUGAAGUUUUCUCUGAAGGAGUGGCUCUAUUUCUAGACUGUCUUAGCAUAGGGAGUAGAAAACAAAAUGUCAGGCCUUCACCCACAGAGCAAAACUGCUGUCACUACCAUCUGAUUACCAUUUUCCAGACAUGCACCCAUCUGCAAGAAGAGCCUCUCCACUGUGUGAUAGAGAGUGGUUCUCCAUCCCUUGAUCCCAAAACAAGGGACUGGUGUAACCUAAAAACCAUAUCAGUGGUGAGGAUAUGUAUGGGAGGAGAGGAACAACCAUUGACAAUAUCAUGUUGAGUAACUACAGCCUUGAUUUUAGCAGACUUAAUAGAAGCUAAAUUAAAUAGAAGCAGAACCCAUUUCUGAGAAAGAUUCUUAAUUCUAUAAACUCUGGCUUGUAAGAGGGAAGGAGCCAAUUUGUAAGGGCAGCCUGUACAGGUAAAAUUAUUUUCUGCUCUCUGCCUGCUGUAAGUGAGGGGAUCCCAGCCAGCCAGAGAGCACCACUGGGAAGAGGAAAAAAGAACCCUGGAGACAGCUGCCACACAGCUGGAGCCCAGCUCUUGGGAACAUUUAGCUAUAAGCUCAGGGUUACACCGUUCCGAAUCUUGGGAGAAGACUUUUCAGACACAUUGUUUUGCUUUCUGCUAAGAUAAGGAAUGCGUCACUCUGUCAGAGUAUGACUUUUUACAAAUUAUUAAAUAAAGCUGUAUAUGUCUCAUUGUUA